CUGCCAACCAAAGUGAAAAUGGCGGAUGCCCUAUUGCAGAAGUUGUACCCCCCGAGCUUUUGUUACUGCAGCCGUUAUCGGAAAGCAACGUUGAGCAAGCAGAGCGAGAGAAGUUGCUGCACUUGCCGUGUAUUGCUACCAAGAAUAAUCUGUUGAAACUUAAUUGGUGGCAUUCACCCGUACAGCAACUGGACGUCGAGGACUCAUUCCUGGCCCCCACGCGAAUCAAUAUUGAUACAAAUCGGACCUACGCCAAGCCAACUAAAAUUACCAACAACAAUAAUAAAAACAGCCUUAAUACACCUGUAAAAUCAAUCCCAAUGGCUAAGGAAACAAAUUCAAUUGCUAAGCAGCCGAAUGAUAGGUUGAGUCCCAAUUUCGAUCCCGAUGAAGAUUUUCAGCUACAGAACUCCCAGUUGUUAAUGAAGGAUCCGAAAUCAUGCAAUGCCAUCUUAAACCGCGAUCAGCCAGAUGAAAUGAAAGUCAGUGGAUAUCGACGCUCGCAUAUCCGCACAUUUUUAUGCUGGAUAUGCAUCAUCCUAACUGGUGGAAUACUACGGCUGGUAUUGCAUUGGUGGCGUCAUUGGUAUUUGCUAGCCACAUGCCAGCCGUGUCCGUUGGAGGAGGCACAACAAGUACUUAUCGAAGAGGACUAUCAAGGAAAUCACAAGGUGUAUCAUGUUAAACAUGUCUGCACAUUGGAUAUACAACAGCUCAAAAAACUGCUCCAGAAAAUGGGAGAGGAAGUUGAUGAAAAGAAACUUCAACUACCAGUUCACAUAUCUUCAGCGCAUUUUAAAGGUUGCCGAUCCUUAAAAACAUUCCGAUGCAAGCAACUUGUUUAUGUGUGGGAAAGCAGCGUCAACAACUUUCAAAAGAUCAACGGAUUGGACGUAAAUGUGCCCUGCUCCUAUUACCAUCAGCAACGUGGCUUAACUACGCAAGAGCAGCUCGCACGCCGUAUUGUAUUUGGUGAAAAUGAAAUAACAGUGCCCCUGAAAGAUGUGAAGACUUUACUAUUUUUAGAAGUUCUCAAUCCUUUUUAUGUGUUUCAAAUAUUUUCGGUUAUCCUUUGGUUUACAUAUGACUAUUACUACUAUGCCUGCGUAAUCUUAUUAAUGUCUAUAUUUGGCAUAUCAAUGUCUAUUCUACAAACAAAGAAGAAUCAAGAUGAUUUGCAACAAACAGUUCUGAAUACGGGAAAUGCAUGGAUGGUCAACGCGAAAGGAGAAUCGAUAGAAGUGGAUACGAAAAUGCUAGUGCCUGGUGAUAUUAUUGAAAUACCAUCAGCCGGUUGCACAAUGCACUGUGACGCAGUGUUAUUAUCCGGCAACUGUAUCCUAGACGAAUCAAUGCUAACUGGAGAGAGUGUACCAGUUACUAAAACACCACUUCCGAUGAAGCGAGAUGUUAUAUUUGAUAAAAAAGAACAUGCACGUCACACUCUGUUUUGUGGCACUAAAGUUAUACAAACUCGAUAUAUUGGGUCUAAAAAGGUGCUAGCUUUUAUUAUAAAUACAGGAAACAUAACGGCAAAAGGAGGAUUGAUACGCUCUAUACUCUAUCCACCACCAGUGGACUAUAAGUUUGAACAGGAUUCGUACAAAUUUAUUCAGUUUUUAGCGUUAAUUGCCUGCAUUGGUUUUAUAUAUACUCUUGUCACAAAGAUAUUGCGUGGUACAGACACGGUUAAGAUUGUGGUCGAAUCGUUGGACCUUAUUACAAUUGUGGUACCGCCAGCAUUACCGGCGGCUAUGUCCGUUGGCCGGUUUUAUGCUCAAAAACGCCUAAAAGCUAAUAACAUAUUUUGUAUAUCUCCGCGAUCCAUCAACGUGGCAGGCAGUAUUGAUUGCUGUUGCUUUGACAAGACUGGAACUUUGACAGAGGAUGGUUUGGAUAUGUGGGGCGUUGUACCAAAAUCGUCGACAAAUCAGUUUCAAAUACCCCUUAAAGAUGUUAUGCGAUUACCAUACGAUCAUUUUCUGUUUGGGAUGGUCACGUGCCAUUCAAUUACGUUUAUGAAUGGUACAAUGAUGGGUGAUCCCUUGGAUCUUAAGAUGUUUGAGUCGACCGGUUGGGUACUUGAAGAUUCAAAUAAUAUACCUGAAAACGAGAAGUAUGGACUGAUCUAUCCAACAAUUUUGCGGCAGCCCACUCGAGACGAAACAAAGUUAUCCCGAAAAGAGGGAAUGUCAACAGGAUCAUCCGUAUUGCGACAGGAUUCAGUAGAUGAUCUAUUGGCCAACAUUGGAUUAUUUAAAACUGAGAAAAAUUUUGAUCAUGGAAUUGUAAGACAGUUCCCAUUUACAUCCACUCUACAGCGUAUGUCAGUAAUAACGCGUUGUCUCAGCGCUCAAGGAUUCAAUGUAUACUGCAAGGGUUCUCCUGAAAUGCUGCAACAAUUGUGUCUGCCACAGAGUAUACCGAACGACUAUACUCAACAACUAUCAAUUUUUGCAAAGAAAGGUUUCCGCGUUAUUGCCAUGGCAUAUAAAACCUUCAACCCGAAGAUGAAUUACACAAAGAUACAGAGGCUUUCUCGUGAGGAGGUCGAGGUCAGUUUGGAAUUUUUAGGCUUUGUAAUUCUUGAAAAUCGUCUUAAGCCCGAUACAUCGACAGUUAUAAACUCACUCAAUCAGGCAAAUAUACGCACAAUUAUGGUUACAGGUGAUAAUAUAUUAACUGCAAUGAGUGUCGCUCGGGACUGUGGUAUUGUGAGCGACACGCAGGCAGUUAUCACAGUCCAUGCCGUGCCCUUACCAAGAGCCUUUGACAAAUCGAAUGCUGAAGAACAUGUUUGUCAAUAUGAGCUUCAGUAUACUCUUGAUUUGAGUAGUAAGGCGUGUUCACCCGCACUGAAUGGUAAUAGAGCAUUUUCUGCUGGUGAAUUCGUACUAAAUAUGGAUCAUCUAUCAAAUUCAACCAAUUCAUUAGUAAAUGGAGGCCUAAGUUGUACAUCAAGUGUGCUACCCAAUAGCAACAGUUUGACAAGCGUAAAGACUAUAGAUACAUGGACGCAUAACGAUAUCGAUGGCGAUGAUGGAGCAGAAGCUGUCAUACGUAAUGAAGCUAACUGGCGCCGUCAAUAUAUAUUUGCCAUGGAUGGCAAGACAUGGCAAAUUGUACAGAAUCAAUUUCCGCAGAAUGGAAAUCAUCUUGACUCGGGGAGCAAUUUAUGCGCGUAUGUCACCGGAACAAAAGCAAUCUCUAGUGAUGGAGCUUCAAAAUUUGGACUAUUAUGUUGCGAUGUGCGGAGAUGGGGCUAACGACUGUGGUGCUUUAAAGGUAGCACACACGGGUAUAUCAUUGAGUGAUAGUGAAUCAUCAAUUGCGUCGCCAUUCACAUCCCGUAACCCUACGA